UAUAUACAAUAAAGUCUAGUCUAGAGUGUGACAGACCGUCCGUCAGGUGAGACGUACAGUCUCCUCAAUCGUCGUCUUCUCAACAUCAGCUCGUCUGAUCGCAAGUACUUUUACGGGUUUUUGUUAUAUGUAUUUAUUUGUACAUCAGACAUAAGCUGUGAAUUAUUGCUACAUUAAAUAUAAAAAAUAUAUAAUAUAUAAAAUAUAUUAUAGAUUCAACUAUCAACCUCAAUACCAAGAUAAGAAUUCAAAAAAUAAAGAUUAGUCAAAAAAGUAGAAUAAAAUAAUAAUAAUUAAACAUGUGGAAGAGUACGUCUGAAAAAGAUACACCUGGGAAUCAAAUGAAGGAAUUUAGCAGCACUACAAAGAUAGCACCUGCUAUCGGUGAAUACAACGAGAAAGAUGAACUCUAUGAUCCAUUUGAACAUCGAGAUAAGAAAAAUACCUAUUCUGAUCUCGGUUCAUUGGUCCAUAUGGUAAAAUCAUCCCUAGGCUCAGGAAUAUUAGCGAUGCCAAAUGCAUUAAAAAACGGCGGUCUUCUAUUCGGUGGAAUAGGAACACUCUUAAUAGGAUUACUUUGUGGUCACUGUGUCCACAUUCUCGUCAGGUCAUCUCACGCACUCUGUAGGCGGACGAAAACUCCCAAAAUGACAUAUUCUGAAACAGCACAAACAGCAUUUGCCUGCGGACCUAAAGCAAUAAGACCGUAUGCAAAUUUCAUGAAAUUAGCAGUAGACACAGCACUUUGUUGCACUUAUUUUGGUGGUGCUUGUGUUUACGUUGUGUUUAUUUCAACUACUAUCAAGCAAAUAACCGAUUAUCAUACAGGUUCUGAUAUAAAUAUAAGGCUAUAUAUUUUAGCAUUAAUACCAGCAUGUAUUUUAUUAUCACAAAUACGCAAUCUCAGAUACUUAAUACCGUUUUCGGCACUUGCUAAUGUAUUUAUGAUUGUUGGCUUGGCGUCAACUCUCUAUUACGUCUUCUAUGAUUUCAAACCAACGAAUGACAUCAAAUAUAUCGCCAGCGUUGAAAAUUUACCGAAAUUCUUUGCUACAGUUAUUUUUGCCAUCGAAGGAAUCGGCGUGGUGAUGCCAAUCGAAAACAGUAUGGAAAAACCCAACCACUUUCUAGGCUGCCCAAGUGUUCUUAACAUAACUAUGACUAUUGUUGUUGCUUUGUACGCGAUAAUGGGAAUAUUUGGUUACUUGAAAUAUGGUGAAGAAACAAAAUCAAUCAUUACUCUCAAUUUACCAAUUGAUGACACAUUCGCUCAAGUUGUUAAAUUAACAAUAGCAUUAGCUAUUCUUUUUACUUAUGGUCUGCAAUUUUUUGUUCCACUUGAAAUAACAUCAGCAGCAGUGAGAUCUAGAUUGAGUCAUAAAUACGGUGCUAUUGGCGAAACAGUGUGGAGAAUAGUUAUGGCUUUACUUACUGUUGUGAUUGCUCUGGCGAUACCAAAUCUCGAGCCUUUUAUUUCAUUAGUCGGCGCAGUAUUUUUCUCCUUUCUGGGAAUUGCUAUCCCCGUUAUUGUUGAGACAAUUUCAUGCUGGGAAGGUCAUCUAGGUACGUGCUACUGGAGGCUCAUUAAAAAUUCAUUACUUGGAGUUUUUUCAAUAUUCGCAUUAAUAUCUGGCACGUGGGUCGCGAUGUCUGAUAUAAUUGAAAAUUACGCGUAGUUAACUUAUUCAAAAUUCCUGGUAUUAAGACUUAAUUUUAACAACAAAAGUGUGUUUUAUACGCGUUUUAAACGAAUAAAGCAAAACAAAAAAGUUUAAUAAAUUCCGGCUGGGUUGAUUCCAAGGCCAAACGAGUGAUUUGGAACACGUGGAAUUUUAGUGUCGCUCCAACGCAACUUCUUUCGACGUCUACUUGUGUGAAUAAGUAGUAGUAUACAAUUUAAAGAUAAAUAUACACAUAUAUAAAUAUUAAAUUUAUGAAUAUCUUACAGUAUAUCAUUAUUAUUAUCAUCAUCAUCAUCAUGAUUAUUUGAGAAAAAAAAAUAGAGCGACAAAUAAAUUAAUACAUGGCCUUCACUUAUUGAAGACGCGGUUGCGAUUACGAUUCGCGGGUCUUAUCAAGGCGAGUUGCUGAUUCGGUUGACGUAGGAAAUUAUUAUCCUCCGGACGUAAUGCUGUUGUUGUUAUUGUUGUUACUUGUAUGCGAUUUAACGUGUCAUUUGGUUCUGAAAGACUGCGAUACCACAUCUGUUUUGUUAUUAAAAAUAUUCCAAUAACAAUCGGUAUCCAUGUGAAGUAUUUAAAAACAUUUAAAAGACGGUGUGCAUUAAUAACUGGUCCCAGCAAUUCAACACGUGCUACAUUUGCCUAUAAACAUUUUUAAUUUGCUGUCAUUAUCAAUUCAAUUGAAUUAUUCAUUGCAACGAAUAAAAUAGAUAAAUUAAAAAAUAUUAAUUUUUAGAUUUAAAUCAUCUGAUUUAUUAUGAUCAAGUUAUAUUGCUCAAGAAUUUCGUUGUAUAUAUUUAUAUAUAUAUGUAUAAGUGAAAAAAAUAUUAUCAUUAAUUAUAGUUGCAAUUUAUAAAUUUAAUUAUCAUAAAAUUAUUAGUGAUUACAUAAAAACUGAUUUUUUUACACACCACUGACCUUGUAGAUAUCUUACCGACACUUUGUAAUACACAGUAACACUUACGGUUGAUAAUUAAAAUUUAUAGACCGCAAAUUAACUUGGUAAGAAACAGAUAAAUAAAUGAAUGAAUGAGUGAAUUAAUAAAUUAAUCUGUUAUCUAAUUUAUUCGUUCAUUGACUCAACUAUUUAUUGAUAAAAAAAAUAAAUAAAAUACCUCUUCGGCCCAAAGAAUUGGAAAAAGUCCUUCGGAAACAUUUGCGAGCAAAGUGAUGCCAGGAAUUCUUUGUAAGUUUAGAUUAAGUUGAAUUUUUUUAGAACCACUGAGUGGUGCUCCGCUCAGAGGCUCGAUUGUUAUAAAUGUCGUGUGUUCAAUUGGAUCUGGUUUUAAGCCACGUGCAUACUCCAAAAGGUUCGGAUCCGCAUGAAGAAAAUGCGGUUCAGAAAAUAUUACCGGUGCAUCCUAUAAUUAAUUUUUAUAUAUAUAUAUAUAUUACAAUGGUAAUUGUAUAGGAAUGGGAUUUUAUUUAUUUUUUGGCUGAAAAAUAUAUUUUUUCUGUUAAAAAAAAGGGGGUAAAAGGAAUCUUUAAAUUUUUUUCUUGAAAGUCGUACGAAAUUUAUUUUGUAAGAAUUUUAGAUAAAUUUUUUCUUAUCUAAAAAGUUUACAAUAAUUUUUUUUAAAUUUGAACUUUUUUUAGAGCCAAAAUUUUUUUACAUUUCAAUUAAUUUUUUUUUAAAUAUCUGAUGCAUAUUUACACUAAAAAAAAAUCGGUGUUAAAAAUGGACUCAAUUUAACACCACGAGGUGUUAAAAUGAAAUAACACCAGUGUAGGCGGUGUAAUUUGGUGGUGUUAAAUCGGUUUAAAAAACAUAAUAAUUCGAUGAAUAUUAUCUGGAAAAAAUUACAAUUUUGCUAUAUACUUAUUCUAAUAAUUAUUUAUCAUUAAUAAUCUAUAAUUAUUUAUGAAGUUAGCCGACGUCUGAUAAUUUUUUGAUUUUUUUCAAAACGAUAAAUUGUAGAAAAAAAAUAUUUUAAAAAAUUGCAACCAAAGAUUAUUUAAUUUUCUACAAGUGCAUAUUUUUAGUUUUGCACACCUCAAGAGCGAAAGCGCUGAGGAUGCUUUAUGGACGGUUUUUUUUUUGUAAUUGAUUUUCUAAAAAAAAAAAAAAGAAAAAAAAAUUUGUAAUUGUCUGCAAACUUCAGGAUUAUUUUAACACCGCUUUCAGUAAUGAAAUUUUACACCGAAAAUUUUAA